CCAUCGCUAAUAUUUCAAGCUCUCACAAGAACAUGAAGCAAAAAACAUGGCCAAAUCGAUCAGACGGUUCAAGAUUCAAGUCACUUCCAUUACCAUACACCAAAUCCAAUAAACAAUACACACGAACGGUCCUGAUUUCUCCAUCAUCAUCCCCAUCAUCAACAACCAACGGUCGUGAUUUCUCCAUGCUUCCAUUCGACAUACUAACAAAAAUAGCAGCAUCAUUCACUCUACCGAAUCUGCACACGGCGUCAUUAGUUUGCAAGUCAUGGAGAGACGGGCUAAGGCCAUUAAGAGAAGCUAUGUUGUUUUUGAAAUGGGGGAAAAAAUUUAAGCAUGGGAGAGGCGGAGUUAAACCUAAUUUGCAGAAGGCGCUUGAUUCUUUUUUAAAAGGGGCGGCUUUAGGGUCUAGUUUAGCUAUGGUGGAUGCGGGUCUGGUUUAUUGGGAACUGGGUUUUCAUGAUAAGGCUAUUGAAUUUUAUCUUAAAGCUGCUUGCCUUGGUGAUUCUGCUGCUCAGUGUAAUUUGGGGAUUUCUUACUUGCAGUCUGAACCUCCAAAACCAAUGGAAGCUAUAAAGUGGUUAAUACAAGCUUCUAAUGCUGGGCAUGUUCGAGCUCAGUACCAACUUGCACUUUGUUUGCAUCAAGGUCGUGGUGCGGAACAGAAUCUACGAGAGGCUGCCAAAUGGUACCUGAAAGCUGCUGCUGGCGGGUAUGUGCGUGCAAUGUACAAUGUUGCACUUUGUUAUUCAGUUGGCGAAGGUUUGGCCCAGAGUCAUCCGCAAGCAAGGAAAUGGAUGAAACGAGCUGCCGAUCAUGGCCACAACAAAGCGCAGUUUGAACAUGGGCUUGGCCUUUUUUCGUCAAAUUUUGGGCAGGAAGGAGAGAUGAUGAAAGCCGUAGUUUACCUUGAACUUGCCUCUCGUUCUGGAGAAACAGCUGCGACUCAUGUCAAGAAUGUAAUUCUUCAACAAUUGUCUUCUACUUCACGUGAUCGUGUUAUGGUCAUUGCUGACAACUGGCGUGCCUUGCCUUCAACUCGGUGACAUUCAAAAUUAUAGGAAUCAAAUCAUCAAGAAAUGUGUUUUGUCAUCUUCAAUCUACGGUUAAAAGUUUUCUUUGGAAGUUGAAAGUCGUGUAUUUAUGCGGUUUCAGUGCCAUAUAUGCUGCAUAUAGUUGAUUCUGUUAGGCCUGUUAUGUGCAUAUAAUUUGAUCAAGGCUUCUAGUGCUGAAUGUUCCAGCUGAAGGUGACAAAGAAAGUGGUUGCGAGAAGAUAUAGUUUUAAGAACCAAACCUCACUGGCCGGUUCAACUCGUUUGAUUGGAAACAAAAGAUCAGUCUGGUUCGAUUUUUCCCUAUAAACUGAAAAUACAGUUCAAACUCUUUGAACCGGAAAAAACUGCAAGAGCGAGAACGCCAUUGAAUUGAUUAAAUUGUAAAAACCAGUUCCUUUACUGGUUACAAUUGUAUGUAUGUGUCUAAACUUUCAUGUAGGUUUGUUUUUGAAAAUUUAUAAAUCAAUAUUAUAUUUGCUGUAUAAAUGUCUUUAUCUUUUAUUUAA